CCUAAAUGAAGCCGCAGGGAGAUGAAGCAGAUGUAGAGACAGAAAGCAGCCGGUGUUUAAACUCAACAGUUUCUCAGUAUCAGGCAACGAGCGUCGCCUCCACCUCUGUCUUCUUCCUCCUCCUCCUCCUCCUCCUCCUCCAUCCACCCAUCCUCUCUCUCUCUCUCACUCUCUCUCUCUCUCUCUCUCUAUCUGUCUCUUCUUCCUCCUCCUCCUCCUCCUCCUCCUCCUCCUCUUCUCCUCUCCAUGCCGGCGGAGGUCUCCGCGGGGCUGCCAUGGCGAAGAUCCGGGUGUCGUACGAGUACUCCGAGGCCGAGGACAAGAGCAUCCGGCUGGGCUUGUUCCUGAUCGCCUGCGGGAUCCUCAGCCUCUUCAUCCUGGGCUUCUGCUGGCUCAGCCCGACCCUGCAGAGCCUCCAGAGCAAGCCGGCCAACUGCACGGUGGUGUCGGUGUUGCGUCCGGAGGAGAUGUUCGAGUGUGUGUUUACCUGUGGUACUGACUGUAAGGGGACGUCCCUGUAUCCCUGCCUGCAGAUCUUCGUCAACAACUCGGAGUCCAACUCUGUGGCUCUGCUGCACUUUGACGAGCAACAGCUGGUCCUGAACCCGAAGUGUUCGUACGUCCCCCCCUGCGAGAGGGACAACCAGAAGAACACAGACAGUGUUUUGUGGUGGGAGGAUUACUUCACCAAAGAGGUCAGCAGCCAGUCCUUCAUCUGCUUCUUCAACCAGCAGAGGAGGCCAGAUGACGUGUUGUGGCGGCGUUCCCAUGACACCAGCGUCCUGCUGCACUGCGUCCUCUGGCCAAUGGUGUCGCUCCUUCUGGGCACGCUCAUCGUGCUCCUGACGGUGUGCGCUCGUUCCCUCGCUGUUCGAGCCGAGGCCCUCCAGAAGAGGAAAUGCUCUUAUGAAGUUUGCCAGGACCUGUCCGGCGUACCCUCAGAUCGCCGCGGCAACAAGGCCGGAGACCUCCUCUCGACGAACUCUGACCCCGAGCUGUCGUCGCCGUCAAGGACCCUGCCGCUGUUUGCGGUGCCGGUGCGACGCCGCGAUCGAGAACAUUAAGACGGAACAGGAAGUCGUUUUAAUGUCAUGAAAUCUAAUCUGUCAGGAUGCUGAGGAGCCGGUGGGCGAAGUCGACUGACUGACUGAGGACGCCACCAACAACCCGCUGCUGUCUGGUGUGGUUUGUAUCAGAAAACAAGAGGAUGAAGAAGUGAAAUCCACCUGGUUGCCUCUCGAUAAACACUGUAGAGAAACAUCAGCACCUUUCCUCCGACUGAACAAACUGGAUCAGGGAGGACUCUCAGACGCUGCUGAGGCGAAUCCUCUCAUUUAUAAUCAGCAUUGCUUCUGUACUAGAGUCGUAACGAAAGGUUCUUUGCAUUACAUGAGUGCUGUCAUUGAAAAGUGAGUCAGAUUCAAACUUCGAACAUGAGGUUCGACACGUGGAACUCAACUGCUCUUUACUGAGGUCUUUAACUGUAGCUCUUCUAUUAAUGUAGUUUUCCCUCUGAGUCCCAGUAGCCAUAAAUGUGUCUAAAUAGAGCCAAAGUCGUCACCUUCGGGUUAGCUUCUGUUCCUGCAGGGUUUCAUUGACUCAUCAAGGGUUUCGUUUACUGUUCCUUGGGUUUACUUUCCAUUUUCUCUGAUAAACGAGUGUCUACUAAAGCACUUUGAUAGUAGCCAGAACACGAACCGCCUGAUUAAUUGUUUAGCGCUGACAAAACUACAGUCCCCGUGAAAUUUUACCAGCGUCAUCGCAACGGUCGCUUUCCUCUGUAACCAGAACAGAUUCGUCUUUCCGACUCUUCGGCUGUAAUCUCUGCUGUCUAAGGUCACUGAUGUACUAUCUUUGUACCGAGGCGUACAUGUAGAAAACAGCUGCAACAUCAGGAGUAUUGGUCACAUACUUGCUUGUGAACUUUAUGUGUAUCUGGAGGACUGUAUCCACCAGGGGGUAGAUUAGGACCUAAUCACUAAUCAGUGUCCCGUGGCUACACUUGAGGAGGUUGUAAUAUUGUUGAUGUUGAGAUCACAGCAGAGAAAACAGGCAGACAAGCUGUAUGAGUUUAUCUUCAAACCUUUGCACCAUUGUGAAGCCUGCUCUCUGAUACCGCCCCCCACUGGACAUGUGCUGCAUUGCGUUUCAGAUUCAUUUCCGACGACUUUUGCAACCAGCGCUCCCAAGAAACGCAAGAUACACGAAGUAGCUUCGAUGCGAACGUGUAGCAAAUAUGUCAGCGGCUUAAAAAACAUCUACAACUGUCCUGACGUUGUUGCAGUUCAGUCCUGUUUUUGUGAGAUUUGGUCACGGGGGCCCAGUACAGCCAUCAAAACCAGUCAGGACAAAUCAACUGGCCUCAGUCAGGUUUUAACCAACAACGGUCUUGUUAGUCAUGAAAUGCUGCUAACGAUAGAAAUAUUAAAUAAAUGAUAUUAGAAUUAUAUUUUGAAUUACCACUGUUAACUAUACUACUAACAGUGCUUAGUAAACUUACGUUGUACAGCUGGAUUUGUAGUUAUUAACAAGAAGUAUUUUACUCUCCCAUUUAUAGUUUGCUGGCUCUAUAAGAAAGAAAUCAGUCACAGGGUGCAACUGUACCUCCACAUUAACGAGUAGCAAUACCUGUUGUGAAGAAUAGUUCCUCCAUUAGCCUGUUAACAGCAUCUUAAUGUUGUAGCUGACCUCUGUAGUAUAAUGUUGGACUGUUCCUGCGACAGUAAUGUAUCAUAUUUAUAUUUAUUUAUUCAUUUAUUAUAUGUUUCACCAGCUGAUAAAUAAAUGUAGAGGAGUAAAAGCUGAUAUUUCACUAUGAAAAGUGGCAGAAAUGGAAGGAAAUCUCUCAAAAAUUGAAAAAUUUAAAGUAAAAGUUCCUCAAAUUAUUCUCAGAUUCUCAGAAUAUAGAAGUAAAGAGCCAGUAAAAACUGACUGGCAGGAUAUUUUUAAAUCAAUAAUUGGAAGUAAUUUUUAAUAAUUGAACUUUAUUAUUUAUUGAUGUGUUCAGGUACACUCUGGACUCACCAGAGGGCCCAUUAGUGGCUCCUGUUGCUUCUGGGACUCCGAACUGCCUCCUCAUUAACGGUGUGCGAGCUCUUUGAACGGCGAAGGUGUUUGUAGACGGCGGGAUCGAACCACAGCAUCAGAGACGUUAGUGAGAAAAUUCCCUUCAGACAAAGACAAAGUUGGUCUUUGUAUUCUGGGCUGAAAGGUUCUUGAAUGCAUCAUACAAAGAUCACAUGAUCUCCCAAGUUUACAUCAAUUGCAGCUCAAAUUUUACCUGAAUUUGAAGAAAAAUAGGCAAAAGAAAAUGCAAAUUAAUGAGCAUUUCCAUCCACUGCUGUUAUUAUUAUGGAAACAUUUCUGUUGGCUUCAUGGAUAAAUGUGAGGAAAGUGAAAUUUAAGUCACAUGGUCACAUGUACGUCAGCGUUUAUCUUUAAGACUGUUUGCUUUAAUCAAUCCAACAACUUUCCCACUUCAGUCAAGUCCAAAAACUUUCUCUCAGUAUUUUGAGAUUUACAAGAUUUUUUCAAGAAAAAUCAACUUGUUUCGAGAAUUUUCUAGAAACGUCUCUUGAAAUAUUGAAAGAAGAAAGAUUAAGUUAGAGAAGUGGAUAGAAGAAUAGAGACGAAUUAAACCUGAUUUUAGGAGAUUUUAGAUUUUAGAACUUGUUUUGUUUUCAUUGUUUGAACCAUGACGACGUCACGUGAUCCUCCAGCAGAGUUUGAGGCUGAUGAUCAUUCGGGACGUUUAAACUGGAUCAUGUGGGAACAAACAAACAAACAGAAAUGAGAUAAUUAUCAUGUACAUGCCUGAACCUGGUUAAUGUUGUUGAUCCCCUUUGCUCUUUACUGAAGCUAACGUCGCUCCGUCCAAACUGUUUAUCAGAUGGUUGGAGAACUUCGGACACCUCCUCCAACACGAGUGUUUCCACCACUGUUCACUGUGACGUCAGGAAACCCGAAACAAUCAGACGUUUAAGGCUCAAAAUGAUUAAGAAAAAAACAAUCAAUCAAAAAAUAGAGAUGAAAAAUACAUCAUGUGCGACAGAAAAUCUUUCAUCCACCUGUGGGCAGCGUCGGGAAUCAGGAGGGAAUUACUGGCUUCAUAAGAAGGAGCCAUGUUUGGGUUCUGAUCUGUAUUUUAAAAUCUGUAGAUUUUUUUAUUUCUUUUUUUGUCGCCUUGUUUUUUGGACCAGCAGGCGUCUAAAGAACCGAACCAUCAAUCACGACUGAGUGUAAUUAAAAGGAAGUGGUGACGUGUGCACGUUAAACAGACGUGACACCGAGGAAGAGGACGUGACCGCUCCGCCAUGAAAAACAACUCGACACAUGGCCGCCGCCUCCGGGCCUUUCAGCCGCCGCCUCCGGGCCUUUCAGCCGCCGCCUCCGGGCCUUUCAGCCGCCGCCUCCGGGCCUUUCAGCCGCCGCCUCCAGCAGUAAUGAGGACAAAAUCUAGAACAUGUGAAUAAAGUGGGGUGCGUUUGUAAAUCCCUACAGCGCAGAUGGUUCAUGUCUCUCUACAGACGGGUGGAGUCAGAUUCUACUUGGUUUCUACCCUGUUUAGACGUUUAGGGAAACUUGUGACCAAAGUAAAGAAAACGGAACGAGAAGGUUUUAAAACUGGCAGCGUUUCAUAAAAUCGCUGCUGAUUUGUGUUUAAAAUCAUCAUGAAUUCACUGUUUUGUGGCAGCUGCUCGUAUGUACCUUUGGUUUAGAUGAACACGAAGGUCCGAAAACGACGCUUUUCCUUUGUUUUGUUGUUGUUCAUUUUACAUUUGUUGAUCUGAGCAGAGGAAGCGUUGUGUUGGAGAGGAGCUGCUUCUGUUCUCUGUGGAUUCAACUGUGACUCAACAGGACACAUUUGGUUCAGCUGAAAAUCUCAGUCUGUUGGCAGACAGCACUGAUAAGAUCUAAUUAAGGUUAUUAUUAAUGAUCAUGGUUUUUUUUAUCAAUUUUACCUUUAGCGAGACGUCUCCACUCGUCUUCGUGCCCACUCAUCAUCUGGUUAACAGCUGCACAGUCUCCAUUUAUACACUGAUAAUUAACAUUUACAGCUGCAGACUUGGAUAGAUUCUUUAGUGAUGAUGACAACAUGAAACUUCCUGUCACUGGCUCAUGACAGAGAUGGAGCUUUGAUAUGAAAAAAUAAAAACUAUGAAAGGAGUUUUUAAAACUGUUAAAGAUCACGUCAUUUUAAACCGUCCGUUUUACAAAUGAUUUGUCCGGCCACUUGCAACAUCUCCGCGGCCCACCAGUGGGCCCCGGACCGCAGGUUGGAACCACUGGAUUAGAGAAAGAGAUAUAAUGACGUUUACAUCUGCAGCCCUGAUCGUGUAUUAAUGCUUUAUAACUUUAUUAUUACUGGAUAGAAACACGUUAUAUCUAUAUAGUCUGCAGCUGUAAAUGUAAAUGAUCAGUUUAUGUUUGGAGUUUGGUCCAGAUGUGCUGCAGCUGUUCUCUAAAAAGACAAAGUGUCUGCUGGAGGAGGAUUUCCCACAACCUGGCAACACAAAAGUCGUCAUUAUUAAUGGCUUAUAACUGAUCUAUAAAGCAUUAGUAACUGCUUAGUAAACGGGGUCUGGUCGUAAAGCGGUGCCCAGGCAGUUCAGGUUGUCGUGAACACACCAGAGUAACACGUCUUAUUCAACAGUGGCAGAAACGAGAGUAACUGCAGGUGCAGGGGGGCAAAUGAGGCAACAGGUGUGAGGUAGGAGCAGCAGCAGCAGGUGGCGGAGACACUGUGGUAAACUCUGGUUUCAUCUCUUCACAGCUUUUACGUGUCGGAACAGACAGUACAGCAACAUCUCCAUCUGGAUCCCUUCAUGUGAAAUAUGUGUUUGUUGGUUUACAUCGCUGACGGCGCCGCGGCUUCAUGCGAGAGUUUGUUUAUUCCGCACAAGCUGUUAAUUGGAGUUUGUCGGCGAGGAUCCUCCUGUAAUCUGCUUCAACGCUCUCAGCUCACUUCAGCUUGAAGUACAGAAACUUCUCCAGGAUCAACUAGAGACUAAAUGAGCGAAACAACGAUUCAUCCUGCAUCAGAGGGAGUUUUUCAUCCCUACCACCAACAUGCCCGACUGAGUCUAAAAAUUACCUGGCGUGAGGCUACUCGUUGCUUAGCAACAGCCACGAGGCUGAGUUGUGUGGCUGCCAAUGAGAGGAUAAACAGCUGAACUUCAGUGUGUGUGUGUGUGUGUGUGUUGUUGUAGAUACACGUCGUCCUGCUCAGGUUCAGCUGGUGCCGCAGUGUCCCGUCACCGCGUCUCACGGCGGGGUCGCGGGGUCGCGUGCCGCCGGUCGCCGCCGGUAGCGCAGCGUGUUGGCGAAGCUCCUCGUGGAGCAGUUUGCUGUGUCCCUGUUUGAACGUGUCAGGUUUGUGUUGUUGGUUUGUUUCAGAUCUCUGAGCAGAAACCUGCUUCUUUGCUUUUUGUUUUUUUAACAGUUUGAGUGAAACAGCUGAUUGUAAGAGCUUGAAUUCUCCGUCAGCAGAAUGAGCAGAAACAGUGUUUUCAGUGUCAUCAUUCUUUGUCUUUGUGAUAGUUUCUCUAAUAGAUUUUUGUGCAAAAGUCAAUGACUCAUAAAGGAAUAAAUGAAUCAGCUUUAUCUAUAUUCAUCUAAAGUGAAACAUGAACAUUACAGGAUCCCUGAGGGAAGAAACAAUCUUUAAUUUUCUGCCAUUCAUGCAAAACGGUCUCAGACUUUACUCGCGUUGCUUCAAGGGUUUCACAGAGAGUUCAGCCAUGUUGUGUGAUGUCACUCUCCUGUGUCUGGGAAGUUGUUUUAUUAAGCUUUGCAAGUUUUUCUUUGCUAAUGACCCGUUAGGGCCUCCGUACUAACCCCUAAUUAAGAUAACAAGUGAAUAUCUGACCCUUUGUUGAACUAAUCUUCCCUCAGCUUCGCCACGAACACAAAUAGUUUUAGGCGGAUUUUCCAAACCCACGUCACAAACAUCAUCUUGAGUUGAAAGACGAAAAUUACACGAAUAAAGAGAAACAGGAAGAGGAAGUACUGAUGUCAUGAAAACUCUUGGCGGUCUACGCAGGUGUAUCCCCGUCGUAGACCGCCAAGAGUUUUCAGGGGCUUUUUUUGCUUUGCGUCACCAGCUGUUCCCGCCUUUACCACUGCUCCUGUCGCCUAGCAACCCUGACAACAUAUAACUUUUGUUCAGUAAAACUUGAGGUUUUAAGGCCCUUGGUUUUAACAGUUGUACCGUUCGCUGUUAGUGAGCUGAAACCCACGACUUGAACUUACAGCUCGGACCGUUUCUUUCCUUCCUCCAUCUUUCACACACAAACUUGUAUGAAUCAACUCUCGUUUUCUUUUUCCGCCUUUAAACUUUCAUCACAAACACGUUUUCCAGCUGUGGAAACAGAGUCCAAGCCUUCAUCUUGUCCUUCAGACCAUCGUCCUCCUCGGAGGGAUCGUAGCUUCACCGUAGCAUUUCUGUGUAUUUCUAUGAGCUGUUGACGUCUUUGUGUGUGAGAUGAAUAACGUUAGAUUUUCUAUCUAAAGCCAUAAGCUAAGCUGUGAACUGCAGUAGCAACUAAACACUGUAUUUUGCUUCGUCACGACAUGAAUUGAAAACAUUUUCUUUUAUUCUUACAGAUGUGGUUUUGGUGUUUGUUGAGGUUUUAUUGAGACUUUAAUUGAUUUUAAUCCACACUGUAAAAUGUCUGUUUGUUACCUACAGUCCUGUUUACUGUAUUAAUGUCUUUAUUUUUAUUUUCACACCUUUGCACUUUGCACUGUGUCGUCUGCAGGUAUUUUGUCGUCCUCUGUCUCUGCUGAACCUCAGCUGUGUACCAUGUGACCCAGGUAGCCGCUUCGCCCGUAUUUUAACGUUAACGACGAUAACUAUAGUGCCUGAUAGAGAUCUUUCAAUAAAAACACUUUGUCUUCAAACUGA